AUGAAUGCACGGACCUGUGUCUCCCUAACACAAAGGAGGAGGAUGGAUAAGACUGUGACUUUGCCGCUGUCAUUCUUCCCCAUCUCUAUAAUCUCCAAAUCCCUGAGAGGGUGUCCACACAAGUUUGCAGAUAUGACAUCAGCUCAGAGUGGUCAUGGGGCUGCCCAGCCAUCUCACGCAGUCCCCCGCACCAUGUCUGAGGAGGCAGAGGAGGCCAGUGACAGACCCCGAAGAUCAUUCGGCGCCAUAGACUCCCUUAACAUGAAUAAUAACAACAACAAUGAAGAGGAUGAGAAGGAGAAAAAGAAAGAGAAGAAAGAGAAAAAAGAGAAGAAAGAGAAAAAAGAAAAGAAGAACAAUGGAGAAGAUGACAAAGAAAAAGAAAAGGAAAAAGAGAAAGAGAAGGAAAAAGAAAAGGAAAAAGAGAAAGAAAAAGAGAAAGAAAAGGAGAAAGAAAAGGAGAAAGAAAAGGAGAAAGACAAAGACAAAGACAAGAAAGAAGUACCAAAGGAGCCAUUCAUUAUGAACCCAGGAAGCAGCCUGUACAACUACUGGCUCUUCAUAAUCUCAAUCCCUGUCAUGUACAACUGGACUGUGAUCAUUGUGAGAGCAUCUUUUGAGGAAUUCCAGCACAGGAACCUGUACACUUGGUUCUUCCUGGACUACACCGCUGACCUGGUGUAUUUGGCUGAUAUUGCCGUGAGAACAAGGACAGGUUACCUGGAGCAAGGCCUGAUGGUCAAGGAUGAGAAAAAGCUUUUGGCUGAAUACAUGUCAAGUAGACAGUUCAAACUGGAUGCAAUUUCAAUGUUGCCCACUGAUCUCCUGUACUUUUACUUGGGUCUCGACUAUCCCGAGAUCCGCAUGAACAAACUUCUCCGGAUCAACCGUAUAUUUGAGUUCAUGCAGCGCAUGGAAACCAAAACCAACUUCCCUAACAUCUUGCGCAUCUGGACCCUGGUCAUGUAUAUCAUAAUCAUCACUCACUGGAAUUGCUGUCUCUACUAUUCAUUCUCUAAGGCCAUUGGCUUUGGCUCAGACCCUUGGGUCUACCCUUCGCUGGAAGAGAAGGAGUUUGGAAUGCUGCUGACAAAGUACUCCUUCAGCCUUUACUGGUCCACCAUGACACUGACCACAAUCGGUGAGAUGCCACCUCCCGAGCUUGACUCCGAGUUCUUCUUCCACACCGUCGAUUUCCUGGCAGGCGUGUUCAUCUUUGCCACUAUCGUAGGUAAUGUGGCCUCCAUGAUUUCCAACAUGAACGCAGCUCGAGCCAAAUUCCAGGCGCGCAUCGAUAACAUCAAGCAAUACAUGCAUGCGCGCAAGGUGAGCAAGGACCUGGAGUUGCGUGUCAUCACCUUGUUUGACUACCUGUGGAACACCAACCGAUCGCAAGACGAACGGGAGGUGCUGCGGUACCUGCCGGACAAGCUGCGGGCGGAGAUUGGCAUCAGCGUGCACUUGGAGACCCUCAAGAAAGUGCGUAUUUUCGCCGACUGCGAGGCCGGACUUCUGAUUGAGCUGGUGCUCAAGCUGCGCCCCGUCGUCUUCAGCCCAGGGGACUACAUCUGCCGGAAAGGCGACAUCGGCCGGGAGAUGUACAUCAUCAAAGAUGGCAAGCUGGCCGUGGUGGCGGAUGACGGGGUGACGCAGUUUGUAGUCCUAGGUGAGGGAAGCUAUUUUGGGGAGAUCAGCAUCCUUCAAAUCAAGGGCAGCAAGGCGGGCAACCGCAGGACGGCCAACAUCCGCAGCGUUGGCUACUCAGAUCUCUUCCUCCUCUCCAAAGAUGACCUGAUGGAGGCGCUCACUGAGUACCCCGAUGCCAAGGCCAUGCUGGAGGACAAAGGUCGGCAGAUCCUCAUGAAGGACAACCUGAUCGAGCUCGACCCGUCCAAGUUGAAGCCAGACGAGAAGGACCUGGAGGGCAACGUGAACCGUCUGUUCAGCAACAUAGAGAUGUUGAAGGGUAAACUCUCCAAGGUGAUGAAGGACCACAAAGGGGCACGGAAGGCAUUGAAGGAACGCAUCUCCCAAAUUGAACGCACUAUGAAGUCCAUAAUGCAGGAAAAUAUUACUAAGAUUGUUUCUGAGUGGGAAAUGGUUGUGUUCACACAGGGGCUAUUUGCCCUCCAGAGGUAUCUUCAUGCAGGCUGGGUAGCUGGCAAGUGCUGCAUCAGUGAGUAUCCACUGGAGACUGGAGAAAUAGAGGAGACUGGCGGAAAGACCACCUGCACCUGA